UCUCUGUCUUCCGCAAAAGCAAUGUUCAUCACAAGUUCCACGAAUGCUUCCGAUAUAUAUUUUGACCCCAUUGGGUCAUUAAAAAUGAUAGACGGUUUCCUUAGCGUACUAAUUCCAAUACAUAUUUCAUUUAUUCAACCGCAUAUUAAGAAUCUUAACGGUGUGAUAGGCACUUCUAAGUUCCUAUGUAAGCAGACUGCUCUGUAUACCGAUAUCGAGUGUCUUAAUUUGCACCAGCCGUUAUCAAUAAGAUACAACGACAUUAUUCGAGAUUACGAUUCUAUUUCUCACUUAAUUGAAUCAAGGUCUAAACGUUCAGCCUGGUUUGGGGGUAUUGGCACCCUAUUCAAAAAUCUAUUUGGUACUAUGAACGAAGACGACGCAAUAAAUUAUAGUAACGCUAUUCAAUUAAUAGAGAAAGAUCAAUCUAAAUUAUCCGAAUUAGUCAAACAAAAUAUAUUAGUAACUACUUCAACACUCUCUUCAAUAGAAGACUCAGUAAAUAAAAUUAGUGUCAACGAGCAGAGAUUAAAUGAUGCUAUUGAUGACAUAGCUUUAUUCCAAAAGAACUUGACCUUGUUAGCUGAUAAAUUAAUAUUAAAAACUAAAUUCAAUGGAAUGUUAAAUUUAUUAGAAAGUAGUCUCCUAACUUUAUCUUUUAAACUAGAAGACACUGUAAACGCUAUUAUGUUUAGUAAAUUAAAUAUUUUGUAUCCUUCUAUUAUAAGUCCAAAACAGCUAUUUACAGAGCUUGUUAAUAAUUAUAGGUUUUUAGCUGAUAAUCAUCAAUUUCCUUUAAGUUUAACUUUAGAAAAUAUACACACUUUAAUGAAUGUUUCAGAAAUUGCGAGUUAUUAUAAUAAUAACAAAGUUGUAUUUGCCUUAAAAAUACCUUUAGUAAAUUCCAGGAGCUAUGAUUUAUAUCAUAACAUACCUUAUCCAGUUUCUGUAACCCAUGAUACUUAUACUAUGAUCAUUCCCUCUACUAAAUAUCUAGCUAUUAACAGAGAUAGAUCAUAUUAUAGUAAAUUAGAUAAUCUAAGUAGCUGUAAGACAAUAAAUAGCCAGUACUAUAUAUGUGACAACCUAGAUACUUACUCGUGUGCCAGGACUCCGAUCUAUUUCUUAUGA